GGCGGGGGCUUCUCGAGUUCGCUGGGACGCUGCUGUCCUCGCCACGCCUCGACCCUCGGCUUCCUCGCGUUUUUGCCUAAUCCCCGCCUCCCGAGGUUAGGCAGAUUGCCGGGGGUGCCGGUCGCCAACCGCCAACCGCCUCGAGACCCUGACGCCCUGCUCGGCUCCCUCACUCACCGGCCCUCGCGCCCAUGGCAGCCCCCGGCGAUGCUCGGAGGUGGCAGCUGCUUUUGCUGCUGCUCGCAGGCCUCAUGCAUGGUGCAUCUUCAGUGUUUGUGGUGAAAAAUGGCAAUGGAACAGCUUGCAUCAUGGCCGACUUCUCAGCUACCUUCUUAAUGAACUACGAUACUAAGAGUGGUUCUAAGAAUCUGACCCUUGACCUGCCGCCUGAUGCAGAAGUACUGAAUACCAGCUCAUGUGGUAAAGAGAACACUUCUGACCCUAGUCUGAUGAUUGCUUUUGGAAGCGGACAUACGUUAACACUGAAUUUCACAAGGAAUGCAACGCGUUAUGGUGUCCAGAUGCUAAGUUUUGUUUAUAAUUUGUCUGACACAGAUGUUUUCCCCAAUGCAAGCUCCAAGGGACUCAAGACUGUGGAAUCCACAACUGACAUCCGGGCAGACAUAGAUAAAAAAUACAGAUGUGUGAGCAGUAACCAGAUACACAUGAAUAACAUAACAAUGACACUCCGUGAUGCAACCAUCCAGGCAUACCUUUCAAGUAAUAACUUCAGCAAGGAAGAGACGCACUGUAAGCAAGAUGAUAUUUCUCCAACAACAGCACCUCCAAGUCCAAAGCCUACUACGCGUCCUCCACCUUCUCCAGUGCCAGAAAACCCGUCUGUGUCCAAGUACAAUGUGAGUGGCAAUAAUGGAACUUGUCUGCUUGCCAACAUGGGGAUACAGCUGAACAUCACCUAUGAGAAGAAUGACAACACGACUGUGACAAGAGUCUUCAACAUCAACCCAAAUGACACCAAAGCCAGUGGGAGCUGCACCUCUCAUUCAGUGGUUCUGGAACUCCGAGGGGGAGUUGUCACUCUGCUGGUCUUCAGUUUUGGAAUGAAUGCAAGUUCUAGCCGGUUUUUCCUUCAAGAAAUCCAGUUAAAUACAACUCUUCCUGAUGCCAGAGAGCCCACCUUUAAAGCUGUCAACAGCUCUCUGAGAGCACUUCAGGCCACGGUUGGGAAUUCGUACAGGUGUAACGCUGAGGAAAGCAUUCAAGUCACCAAGGCGUUCUCUGUCAACGUAUUCAAAGUAUGGGUCCAGGCUUUCAAGGUUGAAGGUGACAAGUUUGGAUCUGUGGAAGAAUGUCAGCUGGAUGAAAACAACAUGCUGAUUCCCAUCGCUGUGGGCGGCGCCCUUGCAGGACUUGUCCUGGUGGUCCUAAUAGCUUAUCUCAUUGGCAGGAAGAGAAGUCACGCUGGGUAUCAGACGAUUUAGCGUUCACACUUGCUCUCUCCACCACCACCACCACCAUAGAUCAACAGCAGUUGCAAGAGGUCUAUAUUCAUUUUCCCUGAGCUUAAAUUGGUAUUGAAAGGGAGGCAUACUUUCUUGCAAACUGUUUUCCCAGUCUGCUUUAUCAAAUGUGGAGUUCAUCUUGCAACAUUUACUAUGCACAAAAGAGUAAUUAUUGAAAUGACGGUGUUAAUUUUGCUAACUUGGUUAAAUAUUUUGCUAACUGGUUAAAUAUUAGUAUUUACCAAAGUAGAACUCUAAGGUAAGGUAAGAGUGCUUUUCUAAAUUGGCACUGGCUCCACUGUCAUUUGACUUUCUAAGAUUGUGGUGUUUGGUUUCUUCAUUCUUUAUUGUGUUCAGAUUUAAGCCUUACAAAGGGAAAAACUUCAGUGUUAAUACUUAGAACUGAUGAAGGUUAGCUAAUUGUUAGACUGACACAUUUAAGAAAUUCAGAAUAGCAGAGAAAGAAAAGCUUAAGUACUCCAAAAGAUGAAAAUAAGAAAUGCUUAAAUAAAGCUUUAAAAACGGGGACAAGCUUGACCUGUUUGGGGGUGAACACUUCAGCAUACAAGCAUUACACAGUUAAUUGGGUGUAUCCUUUGGUAUUUUUGAUGCUCUGCCACUUAAGAGCUGGUACUUUUUUAAAUAUAAAAUGGGUGUUAUUUUUAUUUACUUUUUUGUAAAGUGAUUUCCAGUCUUCUGUUUGAAGUUCAGGGUGAUCCUGUUUCUGCACUUGUGUACAAUGUAGAUUUCACUCUGCUGAUUUGUCUGCUUACAGCUUGGUUGGGGUUGUACACUUUAAGGAUCAGUCCAUAUGUAAUGCAUUGCCUGUAACAAUGCUAAUAAAAAUUCUCUUUCUUUGUUUUU